CUUCUUGCAACUCCUGCAACCUCCUGUGUUAUUUCUCCGUACGAAACAUCCAGUCCUUACUCUUGCUUUGUACUUGAGACCAGCGCUAGCCAGAUUAAAUUCGUGUCACUCGUGCCGAAAACAAUCGCUCUAGCCGCCUAUAUAUUCGCUCCUUUAGAAUUUGUGUCUUUUAACUUGAAUUUCGCUUCACUUUCGGUUACGACUUCGCCAUCACACACCUCAUGUCGACAGAAAAGGAUCUCGAACAGCUGCACCUGGACGACUCCGAGAGCGCCUCGAGCGGCUCUCGCAAUAGUUCUCUCCACCUGGAAGCAAAGGAGCCGUACGACGCAAAGGAUGAGCCCCUGCCAUCGCCGGUCUCAGCGAGGCAACCUGCCCCUGCCAACAAGCCGAAGAUGUCGGCGGCGAUGAUUAUUCCUAUAUGGAUUGUCCUCUCGUCGUCGGUCAUCAUCUACAACAACUACCUCUACAAUACGCUGCAGUUCAGGUACCCAGUGUUCCUGGUAACGUGGCACUUGACCUUCGCCGCGAUAGGCACACGGAUAUUGCAGCGCACGACGCAUCUUGUUGAUGGAGCCAAAGAUGUGAACAUGACCAAGGAAUUGUUCGUCCGGUCUAUACUCCCGAUCGGCAUCCUCUUUAGCGCCAGUUUGAUCCUGAGCAACACUGCCUAUCUUUACCUGAGUGUCGCUUACAUCCAAAUGCUUAAGGCCUUCGUGCCCGUAGCCAUCCUCCUCAUUUCAUGGACAUUCCGUAUUCAAGAGCCGAAUAGGAAGCUCGGCGUCAUCGUAUUCAUGAUCUCGUCAGGUGUCGCCCUGGCUUCGCACGGCGAGCUUCACUUUAACCUACUAGGUUUUAUCGUCCAGGCACUGGCAGUCGUCUUCGAGGCUUCUCGCCUAGUGAUGAUCCAGAUCCUCCUGCACGGUAUGAAGAUGGAUCCCCUGGUGUCCCUGCACUACUACGCGCCUGUGUGCGCCAUGAUCAAUCUUUUGGUGAUACCAUUCACCGAGGGAUUGGCUCCUUUCUAUGAGCUAGCGCGCGUCGGUCCUCUUAUUCUUUUCUCCAAUGCCGCGGUCGCGUUCCUGCUUAACAUCGCCGCCGUCUUUCUCGUCGGAGCCGGCAGCGGAUUGGUUCUGACGCUGGCUGGUGUGUUCAAGGACAUCCUCCUGAUCAGCGGAUCCGUCCUCAUCUUCGGCUCCCAAAUCACUCCCCUGCAAGUCCUCGGCUACACAAUAGCCCUGGGUGGCCUCGUGCUCUUCAAGACAUCAGGUGGCAAGUAACUCCGCCGGCUUGCCUUUUCUCCCUCUCUCUCUGGUUCUCGGUGUUUUGGACACUAGUAGCGUUCCCUACCUAUACGUCUUGUUUAUUACUAUGACUGGGGUCUGGGAAUGACGAUGACGAUGUCGAGAUACUACCUCUAUAUUAGUCUUGGUUUUAGAGCUGCAUAUGUAUACAAAGGAUUAUAGAGAAUAGUGUCUUGUAGUCUACUGUCCAGUGCAAUGUCGAUGCGGUGGCGUACAUAUGGA